UUUAAAACUAGGAUAAGAGAAUCAGAGUAUCUCAGCCCUUGACCAGAGGACCAAGUGCCUUUAUUCCAGAGAAGGAAGUUGUCCCGGCCAACGCGGUGGACGAGCGCACUAACUUCCUGGUGGAGGAGUACUCCACAUCCGGCCGCCUGGACAACGUCACCCAGGUCAUGAGCCUGCACACCCAGUACCUGGAGUCCUUCCUGCGCAGCCAGUUCUACAUGCUGCGCAUGGAUGGCCCCCUCCCCCUGCCGUUCCGCCACUACAUCGCGAUAAUGGCUGCAGCUAGGCAUCAGUGUUCUUACUUAAUAAACAUGCACGUGGAUGAAUUUUUAAAGACAGGAGGAAUUGCUGAGUGGUUGAAUGGUUUGGAAUAUGUACCACAAAGACUGAAAAACCUUAAUGAAAUUAAUAAGCUGCUAGCACACCGACCUUGGCUGAUCACAAAAGAGCACAUUCAGAAACUUGUCAAAACCGGAGAAAAUAAUUGGUCUCUGCCUGAACUGGUCCAUGCGGUGGUCCUGCUGGCACAUUAUCAUGCCUUGGCCAGCUUCGUUUUUGGUAGCGGCAUCAAUCCAGAGAGAGACCCAGAAGUCUCCAAUGGAUUCCGGCUAAUAUCAGUCAACAACUUCUGUGUGUGUGACCUUGCUAAUGACAACAGCAUAGAGAAUGCAUCCCUUACAGGCAGCAACUUCGGGAUCGUGGAUUCUCUAAGUGAGCUGGAGGCCUUAAUGGGCCGGAUGAAGCGGCUUCAAGAAGAAAGGGAGGAUGAGGAGGCGUCUCAGGAAGAGAUGACCACGCACUUUGAGAAGGAGAAGAAGGAGAGUCUCCUUGUGGUCUCUGGAGAGACGUUCCACGCGUUUCCUCCUUCAGACUUUGAGGAUGAUGUAAUCAUGACAUCUGAUGUCUCUCGAUACAUUGAAGACCCUGGUUUUGGUUAUGAAGACUUUGCCAGACGAGGAGAAGAACAUUUGCCAACAUUUCGAGCUCAGGACUACACCUGGGAAAACCAUGGGUUUUCCCUGGUAAACAGGCUUUAUUCUGACAUUGGCCAUCUUCUGGAUGAAAAGUUUCGGAUGGUCUACAGUCUCACGUACAACACGAUGGCCACCCACGAGGAGGUCGACACAACCAUGCUGCGCAGAGCUUUAUUUAACUAUGUUCACUGUAUGUUUGGAAUCAGGUAUGAUGACUACGAUUAUGGAGAAGUUAAUCAACUACUUGAACGAAGCCUGAAGGUUUACAUUAAGACAGUGACCUGCUACCCUGAGAGAACUACAAAGCGCAUGUAUGACAGCUACUGGCGCCAGUUCAAGCACUCAGAAAAGCCUGAAAUAAGACAGACACAGAAGCAAGCCACAAGCCAGCGUGGUAUCUUCUCAGAGCGAGUAGGGCAGGCCCGUCCACACACACAGUCUGAGCGAGGUGUAGAGAGCCCAUCGGGUCAGCCGGAACGCGGCCCCGCCCCUGGGAUCAGCUCCUUCAAGCCUGAAUACAACUUUCCUGGUCAUGGAAGAACUGGAUGCAUCUUUUAACUUAAGAAAUAGGAUUUGAACUUGAAAACUCUUCUAUGUUUUAAAUCCUGAUUUUGCAGGGCAGCUACAUAAUGAAUGUAUAUAUUAAGACUUUGUAGCUGAAUUGCAGAUGAAAUCAGAUUGCCAACUUCUUGACUUUCAAUUUUAGACAUCAGUUUAUCCUUCAGUUGUGAGCGAUAUAUGUAGCAUGCUGUGAAACGUCUGUUCUAGUUCUUAAUUCAUCAGUAUUAACACAGAGUCAUCCUUUGCGUUUCUUGGUACUUUUUGUUCAGUGUAAUCAGAAGCUGUGAUUUUUUUUUUUUUUUUUUUGCCUUUGUUGUCCUGUGCUCUGUCACUGUAAUUUUUGUUUACGAAGCACGUGACUUUGGACUUCUGUAAGGCAGAUGACGUGAUCUUUAAGACUGCUAGAUGUGCACCAGUCUCUUACUCUGUACGGUUUCAAAUUAGAAUAAGCUCUCAUCAAGUAGAUGACUGAUGCAGUGUAGGAUUCACACAAGUUUCAGUGUCAAGCGGCGGUCUUAUACUGAUAGUGUCCAUUCUGAAGCCAGCGGCUUAAUAACCAGCCCCUUGACGCUCGUUCUGGCAAACCAGAUUCUGCUGCAGCUGCCGUCUGAGGCAGUUGCCCACACUCGCCUUCCGGCACUCCGUGCCCUCCACGAGUCAGCACCUCGGAGAUGACGGAACCGGGAAGCUUUCUGUACGUAUGACUGGGUUCUGUUUUUCUUAUGUUCUGACUAAAGCUGACCUGAGUGGAUCAGUUUAUGUGUAAUAUUCUAGUGCUUUAAUGCCUCUUUUAUUUUUUGGAGGGAUGGGUAAUAUUGUUUGAGCAGAUGCAGAAGGAAAUGUUAGUGAGUCGACAAACACAUUGGAAACAAAGGAACUGUGUACUAACAUGUUAACAAUUCAUAACUGCACUUUUUAUGACAUUUUGAAAAUCUAUUUAUAGGUACAGAACAAUGGAUUUUGUUAAACUGUAUCACAUUUAUACUUGCAGAAAUUUAUUUCAUUGUUAUUAGUAGGAGUCUUAUUGGUUCAAUAAAAUUGGCAAAACUGAACACC